AUGUAUUGGAUUAUUAGAAUCCUUAGAAGAACUCAAAGAAGAAUUCUUCUACGAAUUAUUCGGGGAUAUAGAACUGUUAGUUAUGAUGCGGUCUUUGUUAUCGCUGGUCUUCCGCCUAUUGAUUUAAUUAUCAUAAAUAAUCUUGAAUUAAAGGAGAAGAUAAAGGACAACGAUUGUCUAACCCUGGACGGGAAGCUUCCUAUUUCAUGUUUGCCCCACCCAGCAUGCAGGAAACCUGUUAUUAUUAUUCCUUAUGUAAAUAAUGUUUUUCAGGAAUAUAAAACUAUCUGCUUUACGGAUGGUAGUAAGCUUGAUGGAAGGGUUGGUCUUGCUUUUGUAAUUUAUGAAAAUAGAACAGAGAAUGUUACUGCCAAGCACCGACUACAUAAUGAAUGUACUGUUUUCCAGGCUGAACUUUUGUGUAUAAACCUGGUUGUUAAGUGGAUACAAAAUUCUUUUAGUGAAAAUCAAAUUUUUAAAUAUCUCAUUUGUACAGAUUCUCUUUCUUCACUUUUUCUUUUGCGUGACACGACUUCUACUGAGAAGCUUGUGGUGGAAAUUCACUCGAUUUUGAACGCUCUUGAAAACGUAACUAUUCAUUUUUCUUACGUUCGUGGCCAUAGCGGUAUUUUGGGCAAUGAAAGAGCAGACCAAUUGGCUAGGGAAGCUACGUGUGGUGAAAUAGACUUAAGGGUGUCUGUUCCAGCUUCUCACUGGAAGCGCAUCGCUAGAGAUAAAAUCAUUGCGGACUGGAAUGCUGAAUUUCUUGCUUCGCCUCGGUCGCUUUNAUAA